AUGCUCAAGGCCGCAGCACCAGUAGCCGUGUUGAUCUGCAGCUGGAUUUGGGGCGUAGCAAAUCCUAGUGUGAAGACAUUUCUCAAUGUCAUGAUCAUCGUAUUUGGUGUUGGCCUAGCCAGUGUUGGUGAGAUUGCAUUCAGCUGGAUGGGCUUCAUCUUCCAAGUUGGCGGCAUCGUUUUCGAGGCUAUGAGGCUUGUGAUGAUCCAGGUCAUGCUCUCUGAGGAAGGUCAGGGGAUGGACCCCCUUGUCAGCCUCUACUACUACGCACCAGUCUGUGCUGUGAUGAACUUCAUCGUGGCCUGGCUGAGCGAGGCCAGCAAGUUUGAAUGGGAGGACCUCUACCAGACGGGAAUGGGCAUCCUACUGCUCAACGCAGCCGUUGCCUUCAUGCUCAAUGUCUCGAGCGUCUUCCUGAUUGGGAAGACCAGCGGCCUUGUGAUGACGUUGACGGGCAUCUUAAAGAACAUUCUCCUAAUUGUUGCCGGUGUAAUGAUAUGGGGAACAUCGAUCACGGCUCUCCAGCUCUUCGGAUACAUGAUCGCACUUGGCGGCCUAGUCUAUUAUUCUCUAGGUUGGGAGCAGAUCAUGACGCUCUCGCAAGGCGCCGGCACGUGGGCAAAAAAUAUGUGGGAGUCGCCUUCACUCGACGAGAGCCGCCUUUCACCCCUCGUCAAGCGGACGAUCAUGAUGGUCCUCGCCUUCUUCAUCGGCGCACUUCUCAUUGGUGGUUUCUUGUACAGCGGCUCGGAUUCAGUACAGGUUUCUGCGCGGGCGUCGUAG